CUCCCUCCGCUUCUCGAAUCGCCCACAGCCUAUUCCGGCAGCUGCCUCGCCCUCAGCAACCGGCUCGUCGCCUACCUGCAGACGCUUCUAUCCCCGCCGCCAUGCUUCACCCUGUCUAUUGGAAGCGGCUUUGGUCUGCUCGAAGCGUACCUCAUGGCCGGCACCCACGGCCUCCACGUAGUUGGCGUAGAGGUGGAGCCCAGCCCCAACAAGUACCUGCCCGCUUCCCACCACGGCGUCGUCAACGGCUCUCGCUUCCUUGAGCCCCUCGCUGCUCAAGCAGCUGCUUGGCUGUUCGUGUAUCCGAGACGCGUUGGCUUGGUCCAGGAGUACAUGGCUGCGUAUGGCGAGAGGAGCGUCAAGCGCAUCGUGUGGGCCGGCCCGAAGGCUGAUUGGGACGAUUACAGGGCAUGCUUCGCCGGCUGGCAUGUGCAGGAGCAGGAAGCCCAUGAGGUCGGUGGGCAUGCAUGGGAGUUGAUUGUUGUUGCAAAUAGA